CCUUCUGUGUGUGUGUGUGUGUGUGUGUGUGUGUGUGUGUGUGUGUGUGUGUGUGUCCCAUGAGAGACAGGAAAAUAGGUCCUGAAAUAGAGCAUGCUGACCGGUGUGUGUGUAGGCAGGGGAGGACAGAGGCGGCCUGUGCAGGCAACGUGAUACCAAUGCCAGUGUGAGAAAUGCACUCGUGUGGAAAAGGUGGAGAGAAAGCAGAAAGAGUGACAAGAGGGGGAAGACCGUGUGAAGGGUGUACUGUGCACACUGGGGAGCUGCAUGCCUGAGUGCGAUUUAGGCUUCAACAUGGAAGGAGGCAAAUGUGUUGAUGUGAAUGACUGCCUCAAACCUCUGGUAGCAUGUGGUGACCACAUGCUGUGCUUCAACACACACGGCAGUUAUUACUGUCAGUGCCAGCCUGGCUUCACGGAGAUUAACGGACGCAUUAAUGUCACUGGAAUCGACGGACAGUGCACAGACGACAACGAGUGUGUCUCCAGCAAGGGGAUAUGUGGUCACAAGGCAGAUUGUUUGAACCUGAUUGGGAGCUUCAAGUGCACCUGCCACGAUGGGUACAGAAACACCAGCACGAAUGGACAUUGCAAAGAUAUCGAUGAAUGCAAGGAUGCUGAGAUGCAAAAACAAGACCUCUGUGGGAGUAAAGGAGCGUGCAAAAAUACAGAUGGGAGUUACUGGUGCAAGUGUGCAAAAGGAUACACCAAUUACGGCAAUGCAAGGACUCCAUGCUCUGAGCUGGAUUGUGAAACGUUUGAAGCUGGGAGUGUACCGCAGUAUAACGCAGGCUUGGCAGAUCUUUUGUCUAUGAUGAGAAACAGCUGUGUGGCUCUGUCUCAACCGAAUACCAGCGUUGAAGGCAAGGCUGAUGGAGAUGCGCUACUGGAGAAACUCUUGACAGCGUCCGAGAAGGUCUUAUCAUCAGUGGACAUGGACACCAGUGAAGACAUGUACGGGCUGCUCAGCACAAUGGAGAAGUCCAUCCGACUCAUUGGCCCACAGCUCAGAGGCAACCUCACCAAGAUGGGCUCCACGGAGACAGAUGUGGAGAUUGCGGUACAGAGAGGAAGAUCUCCACCGACCGGACUGGUGCGCCUGAAGACUGAAAACGCAACACUCGACACUGACUGGACAACAGCAGCAGGAACUGGAAGUUAUCCUGGCUUUGCGAUGGCUGCCUUGUUGAGCUACAAGAACCUGGAGAGAUCUGUUAACCGAUCCUUUGACCAGCUCCAAGGUUUUGAAAAAGAUGACGUUGAACCGACUUUCAAAAUCUUCUCCCAAGUUGUGUCAGUGGUAGUGUCCAACCCAUCCACUCACAACCUGAGCCACCCGGUCAUACUCACGCUCAGACAUCUCCAGGACAAAUCUGAGGCAAGCUUCGUCUGCGCCUACUGGAAUGACAGAGGUGCCUGGUCCGCAGAUGGUUGCCAUCAACAACACUCCAAUGCCACACACACAGUGUGCCAAUGUGAACAUCUCAGCAGCUUUGCUGUGCUGAUGGCGCUCUACCCCAUGGACCAAAACUUUGCGCUCCAGUUGAUAACAAAGAUCGGCCUGAUUAUCUCCCUGCUGUGUCUGGGCAUUUGCAUCCUGACGUUCAAGUUUUGCCGCUCCAUACAAGGGACGCGCACAACCAUCCACCUGCAUCUGUGUAUCUGCCUCUUCAUCGCCGACCUCAUCUUCGUGGCGGGCAUCACCCAAACAAAACCUGAGGGCGGCUGCAGGUUUAUUGCUGCCAUGCUCCAUAUUUUCUUCAUGGGAGUGUUUGCAUGGAUGCUGCUCGAGGGCGUGCAGCUGUAUCGUAUGGUGGUCCUGGUCUUCAACGCCACCAUUCGGCCGCUCUACUUAUUCCUCUUCGGCUACGGGACACCCUUGGUUAUCGUCAUUGUAUCUGCUAUCGUCAGACCCGAAGGAUACGGUACUAAGGAGCUCUGCUGGCUAUCCCUCAAAGACGGCCUCAUCUGGAGCUUCUAUGGCCCCGUGUGCGUCAUCAUCUUCCUCAACGUCUUCUUUUUCAUCGUCACGGUCUGGAAGCUGGCCCAGAAGAUUUCUAGCCUCAACCCGGACCUCUCCAAACUCAACACAAUAAAAACGUUCACGGUGACAGCCAUCGCUCAGAUGUGCAUUCUUGGACUCAUGUGGGUGUUUGGAGCCUUCUUGUUUCGGAAAGGCAAUAUCGUAGCAGAAUACAUCUUCACAGUCUUAAACAGCCUGCAGGGAGCACUAGUCUUCAUCAUGCACUGUCUUCUAUCCAGACAGGUUAGAGAGGAGUACUACAACUUUCUUUUCUGCAUAUGCGCUCGAAAGAAGCAAAGAUACUCUGACUUCAGUAGUACACAUCCAUCCAGUAGCCAGUCACGAGGUUCUCGGAGUGGGCAGAACACGGGAGAAUCCCAAAUAUGAAUAUCCCUCGGUAUUAUCCUUCCCAAAGAAAGACAUGUAGCUAAUACCAGAUUGUAAAGCCUCAAAAUGAAUUGAUCCACUUCAGUAAAACCAAUGAGCCAAGUCAUCCCGAUGAUGCCUUCAGGUGCUUAUGAGAAAGCUCAUGCUACAUGUUUGUCACGUCAUCUAGUAGGAUUCAUGACGUUCAUGACAGUUGGGACGUCAGAGAAGAAUUUCUGAAAGCGAAGAUGUUUGAGUCGCUUCUUGCCUCAUCUUGAACAUAUCUUGAUCAUCAUGUAAGUUUCCCCUUGGAACUAUUUAUUAAGUACAGACAUUAUGAAGUUUAUUUUGGGGUAAUUUUCCAUGUAAAAAUAUAGGUGACUGUUUAGUCUAUGGGAUCAUUUAGAGAGAAGAUUCACUGUGUUAAACCAUAUGGGUUUAUUUAAGAGUGGAGAAAAAAACAAUAUUGAACUCAUGAACUGCUUCAAGUGGGCCUCCGGUAACCAAAACAAGUCCUGGUGUUUGAGCAACAUCAAAACAAAACCGAUUGGGAAGCAUUGCGAUAUAGCUUUAUGGUUUGUAUUUUGUACCCCUACUGACCUUAAUACAGAGGUACGUACUGUGAGGGUGAUGUACCGUUGGACGCUUAUAUCUACCGAUACCGAAACCAAUCCGAUACCUUAUUUUCUCCUUACCUGUUAAUCGGUUUGUAUGCGUAAUAUAGAGACGUUAAAGACUCCAUGUUCAAGCUGCCGUAACAGAUCUUCUUCGGUUGUUUAGGGCCACAACCACUAGAGGGGGCACAUGAUCACAAAGGCUCUGACUACUUUCAAGUCAGUUUAGAUGCACACUGUUUAUAUUUUUAAUAGCUAGUGGCAUUUGGAGACUUGGAGGGUUUAUUAUCAUGUUAUAAAAUCCACCUGAAAAAUGUACGAAAAUUUACUCAAAUUAAAGACCAAAAUGGGGCCGCAAACAAAAAUUUGUUUAGGGCCACAGAAAGCCUGCGUGAAAGUUACUGUAAGGUUUCAAGCGUGCGAGAAAUCUACCUUAAAUCAUUUCAUGGCACUUUUCCUUUUUUUUUUUUUUUUUUUUGAGGAACAAGCUUCAUUGAAUGCUCUUGAUGACUUGAAAACCUUGCCUUCUUACAGAACAGUUUACAUAAUGUGAAGUAGUUGUAAUUUAUAGAAAUGAUUCCUAGGAUGUCCAAGAGUGUUCCUACUAAAAGACAACUGGGGCAAUCUUUUGGUGUGAAUGGCUUCGUCUUGUAUGUUUGUUUACAUUUAAAGCUUGUCAUUCCGUCUUUGACGAAAGAACUCUUCUUCACUUUGAAGUUAAGCUGCAUUUUUUGGAAGUGCUUCAUGUGUGUUUGGCAUCUGGUGAAUGUGAAGGUGAACAUUUUGACUAUUGACUAUAGAAAGUAUGUACAUAUUUUUCUACUUUGUUGUUUUGGUACUAUUUUCUUGAAAGAAUAUGCACCCGAUAUUUUAUUAAAGUUUCUA